AUGCAACUUAGAGUUAAAACCCCGUGAUCUGGAAAUAAUAAAAAAGAGCUAGUUCUACAGACUGAGAUUGUAAAGUUCCUUUUGCUGAAGCAAAUUUCAAACCAAAACUCAAGAGAAAUGAUAAAGUGGAUUAAAAAGUUAAUGAUGCCAAAUCCGAACUCAAGGCCAAAUAGUUCUCAAUCCUUAAAACAAUUAUUUAAUGAAGCUAAAGAUUCAAUUUAG